AUGUCAAACUCCGACCCGAAAACCCGACCUCGUCCGGGUCCAUGGCCUCCCGCUCCGGACUCCUCCGCAAUGCCCCCUUCUUCUUGGGCUAAGAAAACCGGCUUCCGCCCCAAGUUCUCUGGCGAGACCAAUGCCAGUGAUUCCGGUCAGAUAUCGCUGCCGCCGCCCCGGCCCCGAGAGCCUGAAGCCCAGCCUGAUCUCGAAGCUGGACGGGCCCGGCCUCAACCGGCUCCGAAUGGCGUGCCCGAGCGCGAGGUGGCUGCACCGGCUCCAGCGGCACCUUCGGAUAAGGACCAGACGGUGAAGAGGAGGAAGGACUCUAAUGGAGGGUCGAAGGUUGCGGCCAAUGGGCCCAGUGGGCCCAAUGGGCAGGCCGCUGCUGGGCCCACGGAGCCCAAUUCGCAGCCGCGGAGGCCUGCGAGGAAUGAAGAAGUGGUUGAUGUUUUGCCACACGGUGUUGAUGAUGAUGGGAAUGUGGCUAGGCACUCGCAUAUGAAGUAUGAGCUCAGAGAUACACCUGGUCUUGUUCCCAUUGGUCUCUACGGGUUCCAGCAUUAUCUUUCCAUGUUGGGUUCGAUAAUUCUAAUUCCACUCGUCAUAGUUCCGGCAAUGGGUGGGACUUAUGAGGAUACUGGAAAUGUUGUAUCUACAGUGCUUUUUGUUUCGGGAGUGACCACUCUCUUGCAGACAUCAUUUGGAUCAAGAUUGCCCUUGAUACAGGGUCCUUCAUUUGUUUACCUAGCUCCCGCUUUGGCGAUAAUCAACUCCCCAGAAUUUCGAGGACUCAAUGGAAAUAAUUUUAAGCAUAUCAUGAAGGAGCUACAGGGGGCUAUAAUAAUAGGUUCAGCUUUUCAAGCAAUACUUGGAUAUAGUGGACUAAUGUCAAUAUUUUUGAGGUUGAUCAAUCCAGUGGUUGUGUCACCCACAAUUGCUGCUGUUGGACUUUCUUUCUACAGCUAUGGUUUCCCGUUAGUUGGUACUUGUCUUGAGAUUGGUGCGGUGCAGAUAUUGUUGGUCAUUAUCUUUUCUCUUUACCUACGGAAGGUAUCUAUUUUUGGUCAUCGUGUAUUUCUAAUAUAUGCGGUUCCUUUGGGUCUGGCAAUCUCAUGGUCGGCUGCUUUCCUACUAACUGAAGCCGGAGCAUAUAGCUACAAAGGUUGUGAUAUAAAUGUACCUGCAUCAAACAUAAUUUCUGAACAUUGCAGAAAGCAUGUUUCGAGGAUGAAGCACUGUCGAGUUGAUACCUCUCAUGCUCUAAGAUCUUCCCCGUGGUUUAGGUUUCCCUAUCCAUUACAAUGGGGUACUCCUGUAUUCCACUGGAAAAUGGCCUUUAUCAUGUGUGUGGUUUCCAUUAUCUCAUCAGUGGAUUCGGUUGGCUCCUAUCAUGCAUCUUCAUUAUUGGUGGCUUCCAGACCUCCAACCCCUGGUGUUCUUAGUCGAGGGAUUGGUCUGGAAGGUCUUUCUAGUGUCUUGGCUGGUCUAUGGGGUACUGGAACAGGCUCCACAAGUUUAACUGAAAAUGUGCACACACUAGCUGUCACUAAGAUGGGAAGCCGUAGAGCUGUUGAAUUGGGAGCAUGUGUUUUGAUUGUCUUAUCCCUUGUCGGUAAAGUUGGAGGCUUUCUAGCAUCCAUUCCCCAAGUCAUGGUUGCCGCACUGCUGUGCUUCAUGUGGGCGAUGCUUGCUGCAUUGGGCCUGUCCAAUCUACGUUAUAGUGAAGCUGGAAGCUCUCGGAAUAUUAUCAUAGUUGGCUUAUCUUUGUUUUUCUCGCUUUCAAUACCGGCCUACUUUCAGCAAUAUGGCAUCUCUCCAAACUCCAACUUAUCUGUUCCAAGUUAUUUUCAACCAUACAUUGUAGCUUCUCAUGGGCCAUUCCGCAGCAAAUAUGGAGGGGUGAACUAUGUGCUGAACACAUUGCUAUCGUUACACAUGGUGGUUGCAUUCCUUGUGGCUGUCAUCCUGGACAACACUGUACCUGGCAGUCGUCAAGAACGUGGAGUGUAUGUGUGGUCUGAACCUGAGGUUGCAAAGAGGGAGCCCGCUGUAGCCAAGGAUUAUGGGCUGCCCUUCAGAAUUGGCCGGGUUUUCAGAUGGGUGAAAUGGGUUGGACUUUGA